AAUGAAAUACAUCAUGAUUGUUUUGUUGGCCUUAGCAGCUACAAGCUCAGCAUCAAAAACUUAAGACUAAAUUUUGGCCCUCUUAUAAGUAAAUAGUGAUAUUUAUUAAAUAGACAGGAACAAAAGCAAGUGAUGCUAUAGACACAGUCUUUGGAUUGUUGAAUGAUUUGAAAUAAUCAAACAUUGAUGCUUAAUUUGCAGCUGAUCAAAAGAAUGAAACAGAUGAAUGGAUUGGUGCAUAGUAAUAAUAUAUUACAAAUCUUUAGAACAAUUGAAUAAUUUUCUAAAAUCAAGGCUUUGAACUAGAAGUUAUUCCAAUAAGCAGUUGAGAAUAGAGCUGAAUAUGAAAGUGUUUUGUAACAAACCAAAAACUAUUUGGCAUGGAAUGAAGCCAGAAGAGACUCUAUUGCUGCUAAAAUUGAAACACUUUAAGACAAUUAAUGUUUCAGCAACUAGUUAUUCGUCAAAUCUAUCAAACAUAAUUAAGAAGCCCUUGAAGUUAUCAAACUUUUGAAAUAAGACGUUGCUGGUUAUAUUAUUAAUGGAGAUUCAUUUGAAUUUACAUAAGUUUAAGCUUAAUCUGUAGCUGAAAAAUUGAAAUAAUAUAGCAAUUUGUUCUAAGAACAUUAAAUCAAAACAUUCUUGGCUUUAGGUUAAGAAUAAUAAGUAAUCUCUAUUAAAAUAAAUAAUUAGGAAUAAUCAUCAGGAAAUGGAUCAACUUUGGCUGAAAAAGUCUUGGCAGUCUUGGAAGGUUUACAUUCUGAAUUAGAGGCAUCAUUAGAAAAUUUGAAAUAAAAUGAAAUCAAUGCCUCAUGGGAAUUAGCUGGUUGGGUUUCAUUAUCUGAAGCUGAAAUUGCAUCCUUGGAAGUUGAAUAUGAAAGAAAAUAAGUAUUUGCUGAUAGAACUGCUACUGUAAUAUUAUUUUCUUAUUAAUCUAUAGUAAAUAUAAGCUGCCUUAGCUUAAUAAGCUAAAUCUAAGAUUAUAUUAUAAGAAUCAUAAGAUGCAUUAGAUUAAGCUUAAGCUGAUUUGGAAGCAAAGAGAGCUGAUUAUGAAGAAGCAAAAGCUAAAAGAAAUGAAGAGAAUGCCAUAUUGGAUGAAGUAAUCAUAAUGUUCAAGAAAUAAGUUGCAUCAUGGUCAGGAAGAUGAUAU